AAGCACACGUCUGUAUAUACUUAGAGAUUUAGAGAGAGAAACUGAGAUUGUUCCAGAGAAGAGAGAGGGAAAGAAAGAUGGGGAACUCCUUUGGGUGCUCUGCAUCAGGAGAGCGGCUAGUCUCAGCUGCAAGGGACGGUGACUAUGUAGAAGCCAAGAUGCUGCUUGAUUGCAACCCGUAUUUAGCAAAGUACUCCACUUUUGGUGGCCUCAACUCGCCUCUUCACUUUGCAGCUGCUAAGGGUCACAACGAGAUUGUCGCAUUGCUGCUUGAGAAUGGUGCAGAUGUGAAUUCUAAAAACUACUGUGGUCAGACGGCGUUGAUGCAAGCAUGUCGGUAUGGCCACUGGGAAGUUGUUCAAACUCUUCUUCUGUUUAGAUGCAAUGUUACAAGAGCAGACUAUCUUAGUGGGCGGACUGCUCUUCAUUUUGCAGCAGUGAAUGGGCAUGUCAGGUGCAUAAGACUUGUGGUGGCUGAUUUUGUUCCCAGUUCCUCUUUUGAAUCUGUACAUGCUGAAACAAUUGCUGACAGAAGUGAAAGUUCUCAUUCAAAGAGCAAACACGAUCAGGGUGCUCUGGCAAAGUUUGUAAAUAAGUCUGCAGAUGGUGGUAUUACUGCUCUUCAUAUGGCUGCAUUGAAUGGAUAUUUUGAAUGUGUACAGCUCCUGCUUGAUCUUCAUGCUAAUGUAUCAGCUGUUACAUUUCAUUAUGGAACAUCAAUGGAUCUUAUAGGAGCUGGAAGCACUCCUUUGCAUUAUGCUGCAUGUGGGGGAAAUCUCAAAUGCUGUCAGAUCCUAAUCGCAAGAGGUGCCAGUCGGUUGACAUUGAAUUGCAAUGGGUGGCUUCCUCUUCAUGUUGCCAGGACGUGGGGGCGUCAUUGGCUCGAGCCAUUACUUGACCCAAAUUCUGAUUCCAUAAUUCCGUCCUUUCCAUCUUCUAAUUAUUUGUCAUUGCCACUCUUGAGUGUACUUGACAUUGCCAGAGAGUAUGGGCUGCAGUCCUCAGCAACCCCUUCUGAUGAUGCUGAUACGUGUGCAGUUUGCUUAGAGAGAACAUGUUCUGUUGCUGCUGAAGGUUGUGGGCAUGCACUUUGUGUGAGAUGUGCUCUGUACCUUUGCUCUGCAAGCAAUGUCCCAUCUGAAUUGUUGGGUCCACCUGGCUCCAUUCCAUGCCCACUUUGCAGACAUGGGAUUGUCUCGUUUGUGAAACUACCUGGUUGUUCAUCAAAGGAAAUUAGAUUGCACAUAUCACUAAGCUUAUGUACGCCAUGCAUGCUUCAUACUGAUGAGCAAGACGACAACCAUUCAACAUCUAGCAGUGCACAGAAUAUUAGAAGGAACCGUGUAGCUUCAGUUUCUUCAGAUAUUUUUUGUCCUGCCACGUGUAACCCCUUUCCUUCUGUUGCUAUCCCUUUGUGCACAUGCAAUGAGGGGCCAUGCCCGACUUUUGAAUCCAGAGAUAAUGAAGUUCAAGAGGGGUCUCACCAUCAAUCAGAAUCGACAUCAGAGGAGCAAGAGAAGAUGGGAGGAGUAAGGUUGGAGAAAACUACGUGCUCAAGCAUGUUUUGGGGCAGAAGGAGCUGCAGCAGGGAGAAUCAGUGUAAUGCUGAAAUUAAUGCUUGAACCACCCCCCUUGGUUUGGAAACAUAUCCAUAGAGGGAUGGAACUUUGUGAACAGAGCAGUUAACGAUGAAAUCACCAUACUUUCGCAUGUUGUUCUCUUGGCUUGGCUUGGCUGGUGUUGUGAUAAAUUAUCCAGGUCAGGAAUUGCAAUGUCUUGACCCAUAUUAGAUUGCCUAAAGACGCAUGGCCUCUGGGUGGUGGCUUUUAAAGUAAUCCAACAUUGAGAAUACAGUGUGGUUGAAAUAUACAAGAUUGGCAUUUGUAGUUGGAGGCCGAGGCCCCGUCUGUAGUAAGUGAGCAUUUUGUAUUGUUUCUAGGAGAUUAGUGAUGUUUGUAAAUGUGAAUCCUUAGGGUGGUGGGUGUGUAAAGCUGCUGAUAAACAAGUGAAUGUAAGGGAAGGAAAUAUAUUUGCAUCAUUCUA